AUGGUCGCCGCGGAACCGAUCCCGAUCCCAACGGCUGUUGAGUCUCGGGCGGUCGAGGCUCUAAUCACUCAAAACCCAUCGUUCGACGAGUAUCUGAAAUGGCUCGAGGAUCAAGGUCAGAAAACCCCGGUAAUUCCUCCGACUCACAGCAACCAGGCGGUCGACCAAGGAGCAGAGGCAGCGAACGUCGCGGCGGCGACUACAAGGCCGAGUGGCUCAACGGUGGAGGCGGCUGUGUGGAGAGCGGCGGAAGAGGCCGGCGGGGUGGACGAAGAGAUCCUCGCCAGGAUCGUGAUGCCAGACCUGGAAAUCGAGGUCAUGCGGGAAAAACUACAAGCAGCAGCUCCCACCGUGGGAGCGCAACAGGGUGCACCAGCCGCCUCGACUGCUCCUGCGGAGGACCAUAGCGCGGCUGGCGCCAAAUCCCCCCCGGCCACAACCGGUGAGGUCGGCGAUGGGAAGCAAAAGCGCAAGGGCAAGGACAAGGCGAAGGGCGGCCCGGCGAAGGUCGGCUCUUCCAAGGGGACGUCCAAAGCGGCCGCGCAGGGUCAGAAGGGUUCAGGCGUCCGCGUUGACCCUUCAAAUGGGCUGGCCGUCUCGGAGAUGAAGUUUGGGAAGAAGAGCCGUUACAUCUGCCGGUCGAUGGACAAGUCCGAGGCCGCCUACUGCAUCGCUGUCGCCGUUUCGUCGUUCGACGGCUUCGUCAGCGACGUGGUUCUCGACGAGUUCGGUGGGGUCAAGGAGGAAGUGAUGGCGCAGUAUAAGGCGGACUGGAAUGUGGCGCGAUUUAUCCCGGGGGGGCAUGUGGAUGGUCAUGUGGAGCCGAGGGGCGAACGUCUUCCGCGACAGGUUCCAACAGGUGGUCGCGGAAUACAACAGGAUAACCGGAGCCGACCGCGCGCGAAGAACAAGGUGGCGAGCGACAUGAUCGCACGCGUUUCGAUGUGUGCCGCCUUCGCACCGGUGGCCGCGAAAGUGACGCCCAUUUCGGGCGUCGGGUCGGAGCGGUUGUCCGAGAUCCUCGCCGGUACUGCGGCCGCGGUGUGGUGUUUUUCGGAGACCAAUGCCACGGCAGAAGUAGCGGCCGGCGAAGGGGGGGCAGCAGCGACCGUGCGCGGAGCGUCCAACGAGUUCGCGAGUCGGUGUGGGACCGUCAUCGAGGCGGUGCUUCAGCGGGCGGCCUCCUGGGUGGUCGUCGUAGGGGAGGUCGCCGAAACGGUGACGAAGGACCUGCAGGCGGCUGUGGUGAGGUCGCUGCCUGAGGUCGGGGAGGAGCGCGAGCACGACGAGCUGAUCGCCCGUGUCAUGAUAGAGAACCUCGCCUUCUGGGGGGACUGCAAUGUCGGAGGCCCGAAGCUCAAGGCUCGCGGCGUCGAUUUGCCUAUCGAACCCCAGAUGAAGAUUAUCAUUCGGGACAGGGGGGCGAGGGGGCAGCAGCACAAAGGGAAGCAGGUCGCCGACGCCUAG